AUGUACGGCAGACGUCUACUCAAGGCAGCCGACGAAUCGAUCAAGGAUUAUUCAAGCUAUGUGUUGCGGUUUUUGUGUCUCGUUGGCAGCGCCCACUGCUGGCUAAACUGGUGGGAUCGACCAUUUACUUUCAUGUGUCCAUCUGGUCAAAGUGUGAGACGCAUAAACAGUUACCAUAGCAACUAUUACGAGGAUACUCUGUUCAACUGGCAAUGUGAUUGGGACGAUUAUGUUAACGGUUUCGACUAGCCGCUACUGUUCCAAUGCGCAAACAAUGGAGUCAUCACCGGAAUCGGCAGUUACCAUAGCGACACGGCGGAGGAUAGACGUUUCAAGUUCCGUUUCUGCUCAAUCCCAGGUGGGUUAGGUCUCACUACACAGAUGUCAUCUACCGAAAUCAAUGUUAAAUUGACCAACUUCAAAUGA